AUAUAUUCAUUCACGAUGCAGAUUCUGUUCUUUCUGCUGUUUAUAUGGCUCUUUCCAUAUGUGGCAGCAGACUCUUUUACGUUCCCAACCCAGAACAAUGUAGCGCGUGGCGAGUACUCCCUCUCAGUGGUGUCGAUGAAGCCGCUGGUGGAGCUGGAGACAAAGCUAGUCCAAAACCUUGACGACUAUGCAACGGCCUUGGAGCUCAAGCUGCAGAUACUACGCAGACACAUUGCAGAGAUGCGAGUGGAGAACGAGCAGGCGCAACGCAAUGUGAACCUCUAUUUGUCCCAUCCGCUCAGCGCCUUCGCCCUCAUCCGACGGCUGCACAGCGACUGGCCGCAGUGGCGACAAUACAUGUCGGAGCCUGUGGGCAGAGCGCAGUUGCGCAACUUUGACACCUUGCAGGGUGCACUGCCCACACAGAUGGAUCUGCAGGAUGCCUGCAAUGGAAUAGUGCGCAUCCAGGAGAUCUACGGCCUGCAAGAGAGUCACAUCUUCGAGGGCAAGCUGGCAGGCAUUCAAUACAACACCGGCAUGUCCACUGGUGACAUUCUCGCCGUGGGCCAGCACUUGUCGUGCACCAAAAAUAGCACAGAGGCCAUUCCGUGGCUGCAGGAAGUGCGAAGGCGCCUAGGGAACCAAACAAAGAACCCAAACGAACCGCUGGCUGUGGGUAAAUCGGAGGUGCUGUGGCUGCUGGCCGAGACGUACAUCAAAUCUAAGCACUAUGCAGAGGCUCUGCCCAUUCUGGACAUCGCUCUAAAGGACAAAAUCGCCGACGCCGUGUUCCUGAGACGCAGGGAGCAGGUUCAGCAGCUGAUUGCAAAGGAGCGUAGCACCAUUUUGGAUAGCGACAAGCCCAAGGACGAUCCUAGGCUGGCUGAGUUCAAGCAGCGUUGCAGGAGCAGAGGAUCCAUGUCCUCAUUGCACUGCUGCUACAACUUCACGACCACGCCCUUCCUCCGCCUGGCACCCCUCAAGAUGGAGCUGCUGAGGCAGCAUCCCUACGUUGUGGUCUACCACGAUGUCCUCUCCGACUCGGAGAUCGCUGGAAUUAUCGGCAUGGCCGAGCAGAGGAUGGCCAGAACAGCGACCAUUGCACAGCCGAAUCGCACCUCAUCGCCCACCCGCACUGCCAUGGGUGCCUGGCUGAAGCGCUCGAGCAACGCCCUGACGCAGCGCAUUGCCCGGCGAGUGGUCGACGUGAGUGGCCUGCAGCUGGAGGGAUCGGAGCGGAUGCAGGUCAUCAACUAUGGCAUCGGUGGGCACUACAUCACCCACAAGGACUGGUUCACGCACGCCCCGACAGUGAUGGGCAAUCGCCUGGCCACGGUUCUCUUUUAUCUAUCGGAUGUGGAGCAGGGUGGCGCCACCGUGUUCACAAAGGCCCAGCUGAAGGUGCUGCCACGGCGUGGCACGGCCCUCUUCUGGUACAACCUACACACGGACGGAGAGGGCGACUGGUCCACCGUGCAUGCCGCCUGCCCCAUCAUCGUGGGCUCCAAGUGGGUGCUGACCCAAUGGAUACGCGAACCCAGCCAGAUCUUCAUCAGGCCCUGUCUGCAGCGCACCUCCGCCGGGGAUUAGCCGCUCAUUCAACUCCCAUUUGGCACACGAACACUAGCAGGGAUGCGGAUACCAUGUGGCAGCGGGUGGAUAUCCAUAGACAAACAAAUUUCCGGCAUAAUCACUUUAGACACUUAACAAAAACCGACAGCACCCAUCCAAGCCGCCAGCCACCAGCCUCCCUCCAGCUUAAAUGCCUUUUAAAAUGCCAACACGGAAAAAAUAAAGUGCUGAGUGGUU